GUACUAUCAAACUAAUCAUCAUCAUAUUUAAUUAUUUUCAUGUGAUCCAAUCCCCAUCCUCUAUACCUUAUUAGGUACAUAAGGACUAAGUCCUAUACCAUUGCACGCCAACGUAUCAUUCUAUAGGGCAACUAGUAGACAAAUUGUCUUUCCAACUCUGACUGAGCUACAACCACCGUAAUGGCAACAGUAGCAAGCGGACAAGAAACUGCAGCAGCUGCAGCAGCUGCAGCUUCUUCUCAGCAAGCGCCGGCAUCCCCCCCGCUACCGGCGAGACACACGGCGCUGACACCGGGGCCGCGGGCGUCGCGGUUCCAACAGGUGCUGGACUCCAGCUUGUCGCACACGCUGUCCAAGAUCAGCUGGGACAACUUUGCAGCCUGCUACCCGACCAUCGCCGCGCAGGCGCCCGCCGUGCUGCGCGCCGUCCAGAAGCAGAUGGUGGAUCGCCUGGGUGCGCUGUGUAAGAAAGAAUUCGAUUCUGUGCUGCAGGCCCGCAACGUGGUGGCCAAGCUUAACGAGCUCGAGAGCCUGGUCAGCGAGGCCGAGCGCAGGAGGGAUGACGCCGGCGUGGUUGGGUCGGAGGUGCCUGUUCCACCGCAUAUGCUACCUCCGGACCAGAUUCUGGCAGCACAUCUAGCGCCGCAUCUGGCGCAGCAACAAUCGCAACUUAACGCAAAAUUACAAACAGUACAAGCGCAUAACGCAAAACUGUUCAGCGAUAUCCAAAAGCAGCGCGCCGAGAUGCAGUCUCUCAUAGCGCUCUUACAGAAGGUCUUCGAGGACAUCGACGGUGCUAACAGCCAGAUGGAUGAUGUUGUGGAUGACCUUGCUAAGGAGACGAGGACGGUGGAAGCCGAGAUGGCCGAGCCUUGAAAAGCGUUAUUGUUCACCCGUAAAUAUUUUAUUAAUACUAGUUCGAGUCUACGAGAUGCAUAGGUAUGGUGUUCAGGCGUAUGAGGCAACUGGUUUAUGCCAGGUCGAAUUAACUACAAUCUUGGGUCAUUAUACAUAACCGCUAUGCUUUAUUGGACCUGAUAUUACGAUCUUGUUUUUCUUCAUUGCAUUUCUAUCUUCCAAUAUGACGAAAUGGAUGCGGUUAGACGCGUAUACGCGCUCGAGGGACAAAGCAGGGCAACUGACGGCGGGAAAAGAGAGUGGGCAUGGGUGUCGAAGCUACACGUAUCUAUCUAGCUGAUCUAGAUCUUACAAUCCAACAGCCUCCUUCGAGAUUAUCCGCCUAUCACGGCUCAGGAGGCUACCCGUUGGUUUGGCCAUCGUGGAACAGCGUUUCAAAUUGAACAGAUCUAUACGAAUAUUGAGAUCAC